AUGCAACAGAAGCGAUGUGGUCGAAUGGACAUCAUGGAGUUACGCAGAGACAGUGAUGCUUACAAAUGGAAAAACAGUGAUUUGACAUAUUCAAUUGAUUCUUAUCCAAAUGAGCUUUCUCAGCGUGAAGUAAGACAAGCAGUUAAACAGGCAUUUGACACGUGGUCCGCAGUAACUCCACUAAGAUUUUCCGAAAUAGCUCGUAGAGCUGACAUCCAGAUUGCAUUUGCGCGUCGUGUACACAAUGAUCCGUGGCCGUUUGAUGGAAGAGGAGGUGUGCUAGCGCAUGCAACCUUACCACCGUCCGGUCUGCUUCAUUUUGAUUUGGAUGAAAAAUGGGCAUAUAUGAAUCCAGGAGCCAUUGCAAGCUUCUCAGGUUCCCAAGUUAGCAACUUGCCGAAGAAUGAAGGUGAUGAUCAGGAGUUGAGGGCGAUGAAUGGCGAUAGUGGCCGGGGUGGUGGGCGAUGA